AUAAGAUUUAAACAAUAAAUUGUGGAAACCUUUGACAUUAUCUGUCUUUUGGUUAGCAAACCUCACCUAAAAGGAAAAUCCUAAAAGUGGUGACUUUCGUGUCAUUCGAUUUUCAUCUUCCUUGCAUCGUAAUCGUGUUUUCUCUCUUCAUUCUCCCUGGAUCAUUUACUUUCGGGUGCAACGGAAUUUGUUGAGAGAAAGGGUCAUUUUCUGAUUCUCCUAAAUCCUGGGUUAGAGAUUACAUUUCCCGAUUUUCUCUCUUUUUCGAUUCUUUUCCCUUAGAUUUUUCUUUCUCCGGACAAUUGUUUCCUCUCCGUCUCUCAUUCAUUCUACUCGUCCCGAACCAUCAACCUUUUUUGAAAGCAACAUAACAUGGGGGAUUGUGAAAUUAUAAUUGUGGCUCAUGCGAUAGGUAUUUGUUAAUUAGGUUUUUUUUACCACCUAGAUAUCCUGUAAUUUUUAGAAGUGAGUUAUGCAUAUAGAAGAAUUGAAGGGGGGUGACAUAGAAGAAGGUGAGGAGGAAAGAGGGUUGACGCUUCUGGGUUAUGAUGCAAAGAGGGUGUUGGUUGGAGCAGGUGCUCGUGUGCUAUUCUACCCAACCCUUUUUUACAAUGUUGUCAGGAAUAAGAUUGAGGCUGAUUUUCGGUGGUGGGAUAAGGUUGAUGAGUUCAUAUUGUUAGGUGCUGUUCCAUUUCCUAUUGAUGUUCCACACUUAAAGAAGCUUGGUGUUCGUGGGGUCAUCACAUUGAAUGAGUCAUAUGAAACUUUGGUUCCGACAACAUUAUAUUAUAAAAUGCAAUAUCUGGACGCACUACAUAUGUGCAUUGCAAAGCUGGACGCGGUCGCAGCACAACUAUUGUUAUUUGUUAUCUGGUGCACCACAAAAUGAUGACACCU